AUGCUUACGGAGUCAACCAGAAUCUCAUCAAUCCCGGUAUCGCGCUUCAUCCUCAAUCUACGCCAGGUAUCUCUCGGCAAUGUGGGCUUGAAUACGAUUUCUCACAGCACCCUGAACACGCCGGACUUUACCUCUCCGGCACCUUAUUCUCGAAUCCAGGAGCAAACCGAACAACCGUCUCCUCGUGAGAUUCGACGUAAUCUCGACAACAUUCAUAACAAGCUCUCCAUUUUCUGGGAUGCGUGGAAUGUCGUAGAUGCUGCAUGCGGGGAUCUAAAAGUAGAUCUCGAACAAGCGCAAAGUACCAUUACCCUUCCAACUCCGUACGAAGCCCAUCUUCAGUCUGCGCGAUCGGUCUACGGCGUCUUGAUCGAAUGCAUGCGUGCAUAUGCACAGAACAGGUUGCCGAUAUUCGAUACCUGA